AUGAUAGAUAUGUUGCCUUGUGUUGCACUACCUUUGCGUUGCAUAAAUGCCAUUGAAUUUGAUUCUACUGGAAUCUACUGCCUCACUGCCGGCAACGACCGCAGCGUGCGUCUUUGGAAUCCUGCUCGGCAGCUUCACAUUAAGCGCUUUUUCGGACCGCAUAACUAUCACGUGAACGAUGUCUGCUUGAGCGCCGACAGCGCCCAUUUCGUCUCUGCAGGAGCCGAGCAUUCGGGAUUCUACUGGGACACUGCUGAAGGGAAGGUUAUUCGGAAAUUCAACCAUGGAGGCAGCGUCGCUUGCUGCAACUAUGUGGCCAGCGGAAGCCUCAUCUGCACCGGCAGCGACGAUCGAAACGUCCGCUUUUGGGACCACCGCAGCCGCGGCGCCGUAUCGACUUUCAACGACGCCAAGGACGGCAUUUCGAGCGUUUGCGAGCGGGACUGCGUGGUGGUUGCCUCUUCAGUUGACGGCGCAGUGCGAUCGUACGACCUGCGAAAAGGCUUGUUGAAGACUGAUUACUUCCAGAAGCCCGUAGUGAACGUCUGCGUGUCUACUGCGGUGGAAGACUGUUAUAUCGCAUCGGUGCUGGACGACACGGUGGCCCUCGUCGAGCACGGCGAUGUGCUCGCACGCUACCGAGGGCACACUUGCGACAAUUACCGCAUCCACUGCGCCCUUGACCCAUGUGAGGAAUUCGUGCUGUGCGGCAGCAGCUCUGGAACCAUAUUUUGCUGGUCUCUGUCCAACAACCGCUCCUCGUCAACGGUGCCCGGCGCUCACAGCGGCCCCCUGACGGCGCUCGCAUUCUCCAACCCGUCGCUUUUGAAGGAUGGACGUCUGGUGCGUGAUCUGGAGAAGAACGUGAUCGACUCGUUGCGCGAAAAGGGCAGCCUGUUGGUUACCGGCGGCAAGGACGGCUACAUGCGCGUGUGGCGCUUCUACGGCGCGUAG